ACAAAAACGACACAAGAAGGGUGCCGUUUUGGUAAAGAGAAGGAACAAAGCUGAGUUGAAAGAAAACGCGAAAAAUCGGAGGGAUGGAAGAAGAUUUGGAUUUCGGGAAGAAGGUUUCGAUAAACGACGACACGAUGGAAGUAGUUGAUUCCACCAAAAUCGUUGUUUUGCUUCGUAGUUUUCUCGAUAUUCAACAACGCAGAGCUCAAGCUUAUUCCAAACUCAAAAGUGGAUUUUCUGACUACAUGACUUCUGGAGGGGAAUUGGCUUAUCAGCAGCUUUGCGGUGGAAUCACAUCAGAGUUUAAUGAUUGCUCAAAAAAGGUCCGUGAAAUGGAGUCACUGUUUCAGAGCCCUGACUAUAGCCGCAUUGAUCUAGCACAAAUCCUUAGAGCUGUUCAAGAACAGGAAAAGCAGAAACUGCAUCUGACAGCUACCCUUCAGCUGUUAAAAAAAGCUGGUCGGCCAUCUGAACGACUGGUGAGCCAUGAGAAUUGCAAAUUUACAAAGCCAACAGAGCAUGAGUGCGUCCAUGUUAAGGAGAUCACUGAAGCUUCUGGGACUGAAGAAGCAGAAGCAGAUGCCGAGUAUGAUAAUGCUUUGAAUGAAGCUAUUAGAGGUGUCCAGGAUGCUGUCAAUGUCAUCAAUGAACAUCUAGAAGAAGUCAGAUAUGAGAUUGCAGCACUUGAAGUAGAGUGAUACUUUGCUGAUUCAAUACUUAAAUGCUCUGUGCUAAGAGAUAUUGGCAGGUGUCUACAACCAGUGAAAUGUACAUAGGCACACUAAAAUGCAGUUUGUGAAUUUUGUUGUCACAAUUUAUAUAUUAAAAUGCUGAAAAAAUUGAUUAAGAAAAUUGAUUUAGAUGUGUUUUUAACACUUCCUUACUUGAUUGUAAUUGAUGGUUAUUUGGAUGAGUACUCAAAUUCAGACUUAAGUUUUAGUUGAGUCAAGUUUUUGUUUAUGAUAAA